UUUUUUUUUUUCUGUUUUCGUCUUCUUCCUUUUCCUUUAUAGGGACAAACAGACCGAACGAAACUCGAAAAAUCCUUCCUUUUCUUAAAUCUCAGAAUCUCCAACUCUCUCUGUGUAAAUCCCUUCUUGUUUCUUCUUUUGUACAUUAUCUAUAUAUACAUACAAAAACAUCAAAUCUGUUUGCCUGAUCUGUAAUUGAAGUGGUCCCUGAUCGUGAUCAAGGAGCUGGUGAGGUUGAUUAGUGUUAUGUAUAUCUGAGAGAUGGUGUUCAAGAGGAAGUUAGACUGCGUAUCUGUUGCUUUUGAUUACCCAAAUAUUCCCAAGGCUCCUCGUUCUUGCAGGAGGAAGGUUCUAAACAAGAGCACCGAUGAUGAUGACGACGCUAAGAUGUGUGCAAUGGACUUGCUCGCUUCUCUGGCUGGAAAGAUACUAGAGGAAGGCCAGAGCUCCUCAGCCUCUUCCAAUGCAUUUGAAGGGAAUGCUCAAGAGAUUAAACAAGAAGACCAUCACAAACCUGUUAAAUCUGAGUUUUCUGACCAAGGAAACUCUGUUUCAAUGCCUACAUAUGAAAACACUAGCGACAAGUGUGUGGUAAACAGCUUCUCAUUUCCUGAUAACGACGGCAUUUUGGAGCGGACUCCGAUGUCUGAUCACAAGAAGAUUCAUGGGGAGACGGGUGGUAAUGUUAAUGUGAAUACUGGGUUUGAACAAGGAGAAGCAAUUGAUGGCAUGGGAGAUGGAGGCUUAACCACUAACACUUGCAACUUAGAGGAUAAAACUGCAUUAGUUGUGCAGCUUCCGAAACCAGUCUGCGUGGAUAUGAUCCCUAAUGAUUCCCUUGCUAGACAUGGGAAUCAUACUAACCUAGUUAGAGAUGAUGAUGAAAAAUUAUAUAGUUCUCGUAAAUGUAGCAAUAAGUUUACGUCUUAUAAGUCUCCAGCUAUUAGAAGAAUAAGAAAGUCCAAAUACUGGAAACAAGUCUCCAAGGAUUGUGGACACUACAAAGCUGAUGUUGGCAUAAAGGCUCUUUACCGCAAAAGAAAGUCAUGUUAUGGAUACAACACAUGGAAACAUGAGACCAUUUAUAAGAGGAGAAGAUCACCGGACCGAAGCUCGGUUGUAACUUCUGAUGGUGGACUUUGUAAUGGAAGUGUUUCCAAGUUACCUCAAAAGCGAGACUCAGUAAAGCUAAGCAUCAAGUCCUUUAGGAUUCCAGAGCUUUUUAUUGAAGUUCCAGAAACUGCAACAGUAGGAUCACUCAAGAGGACAGUGAUGGAGGCUGUCAGUGUGUUACUCAGCGGUGGAAUACGUGUUGGGGUAUUGGUACAUGGGAAGAAAGUCAGAGAUGACAAGAGAACUCUGUCACAGACUGGGAUCUCAUCUGAAGAGAAUCUAAGCAACCUUGGGUUCACCUUGGAGCCUGGUGGUACCAGCAAAGUUCCCUUACCUUUAUGUUCCGAAGAUCCUGUGGUGCCAACAACAGAGCCGACAAGCUUGUGUGAACGGUCUGCGGCGGCUUCUCCGACGUUAGAUUCUGGAGUUCCCCAUGCAGAUGAUGUGAUUAACUCAGGGAAUGUUGUGGACAAUAACCUCGAGUUAGUUCCAUAUCAGAGUGAGAUAUCUGUUGAUGAACCUUCAUCAGACUCAAGAGCGCUUGUUCCACUCCCAGCCUUGGAGGAAGUUAAGGCGCUUGCCAUAGUUCCAUUGAACCAGAAACCUAAGCGUACUGAGCUUGCUCAGCGCAGAGCCAGGAGGCCUUUCUCUGUCACAGAGGUAGAAGCUCUUGUACAAGCAGUUGAGGAACUCGGGACGGGAAGAUGGCGUGAUGUGAAAUUGCGUGCUUUCGAGAAUGCUGAUCACCGAACCUACGUGGACUUGAAGGACAAAUGGAAGACGCUGGUUCACACAGCAAGUAUAUCACCGCAGCAAAGAAGAGGAGAGCCGGUGCCACAAGAACUGCUAGACAGAGUGUUGAAGGCAUACGGGUAUUGGUCGCAGCACCAAGGGAAACAUCAGGCGAGAGGAGCACCUAAAGAUCCAGACAUGAACAGAGGUAGAGCUCUUGAUUCAGUUGUUUCAGUGUAAAAAGGAGGCAAGCGUUGGUGGGUGGUGGGUGUACAUAUGAAAACAAGAAUAAUUGUAAACUCAGUUUCUGCAUAGACUAAUCGUCUUUCUCCUAAAUACAUUUUUUUUUCUGCUUUGGCAUUUUGUAAAUGACUCAGCAACGUUUAGCUUUUCUGUACUUGUUUUACUUCGAACUGAUCAUGUUGUGUAAUAUGGUCAGUCCAGAAUGUAAUUCUAGACAUUCUUUUAUAAUUGUUUAUCCUUUCCUACAA